GCCGCUCACGGUGAUAACGGGCAGGUCGGAUCCUGGCCGUCAUUCCUUAGCGAGGACCGACUCUAACGCAGACCCUGAUAGGACCGCGGGACCUCUUUCUUUCACAAACACCGACGUCGUCUGUGAAUGCUCGCGCAGCUGUGAUAAAGCAGGCAAGAUGAUGAUCUCCCCGUGGAACCGCUGGUACUCUACAAGCUGCUGUCUGUGCUGCCAUGUCCGCACAGGAACCAUCAUCCUGGGGGUCUGGUACAUGCUCAUCAAUGCCGUGGUGUUACUCAUCCUGCUCACAGCACUCAGUGAUCCUGAGCAGUACCACCUGACCAGCGCUGAGUUAGCUAACGACCUGGAUGUCAUGGAUGACGCCAACAUGUGCAUCGCCUCAGCGAUCUCUCUGCUGAUGAUACUUAUAUGUGGGAUGGCAACAUAUGGUGCAUACAAGCUGCGUGCCGCCUGGAUCGUACCAUUUUUCUGCUACCAGAUAUUUGACUUUGCUCUCAACACCCUGGUCGCUGUCAGCAUUGUGGUUUACCCAAACACGAUACAGGAUUACCUGCAGCAACUGCCUGAUAACUUCCCCUACAAAGAGGAAGUUGCAGCUCUCAGUAAUGUGUGCUUGGUCCUCAUCGUGCUGCUCUUCAUCGGCUGUAUUCUCGGCUUCAAGGCUUACCUGAUAGCAUGUGUGUGGAACUGCUACAGAUAUGUGAGCGGCCGGGGUACUUCUGAAAUCCUGCUCUAUGUCACGACCAAUGACACCACGGUGCUGCUACCUCCCUAUGAUGACAGUGUCAGUGUCCCUCCCAAGCAAGCUCCUCCACUUUACACCACCGCGACAGCAUGAAAACAUUCCCAGCAUCCUGCUGAAUGGAACCUGCUGUUAAUAAAACCCCAGCAAAAUGUGUGCACCACACUGCCUCUCCAGUGUACAGUAUAUUCAUGGAUAUAUUGUUGCUACUCACACACAUUACAGUACACCCAUGAAAUAAUCUCACACCACCGUGACCUCUCAUCCCUUCCUGUUAUUUACUGAUGUUCUUGCUGUUACUCUUCCAUGUAUCCUUUCUGUUUCAGUGUUAUUCCAGAAAUGAUUUUUAUGCAUUUGAAACUUUGUGUAAUAAGGCACUAGAGAUAUAGAUGAUAGAUUCUAUAUAUUUGUAUUCAUUCUAUUUACGCUGUUUAUGUACCUGUAAUAGUAUUUUACGUGUCCUACCUUUGAUAGACAUGUAUAACUAAUGCACAGACGCAAAAAUGCUGAUCUUAUUGCCCACGGUAAUGAGUGAAGAGUCGUCACGUGUUUCCUGGCUGUCUUGUCUCUGCUCGUGAUCAGGGUUGGAUUGCCUUUAUUCGUAACUUGCUGUCUGAUGGGGUUGCCCUUUAAAGAUCCAUGUGUGACGUGUCACCUUCUCCCAAAGAAAUGCAUCUGCCUGUAUUCCGACAUGAUCAAAGAGCAACCUAGUGUAUAUCGAACAUAUCACUUUCUUUUACUGUUUUAGUCAACUGCAGACGGAAUUGUCUUGUGUUAUAAAUAAUCAGGAGUGUCGAGGUGUGCUGGUUGACCUUCGUAACUUUUAAAUGUAAUGUGUGUUUCUACUGAUUGACGCGAAAUGUUCUGGGCUGCUAUUGAUCUAUUUUGAUAGCACAGAAGUAGCACUGAUCUGGAAUCAGUUUGCUCUUUGAAGUUUUUAUGAAUGAGUUGCUUGAGGGGAACCUGUUGCAAUGACUCUAGAUUGGGUCUCUAUGUUCAGGAGCUCAAUAAAUAUGGACCCUGGGUGUGUUUUUUCAAUUAAGGGGAGCUAUGGGAGCCUCUGGUCUGUGUAAAGACACAGGUCUGUUCCACCAGAUGCAGUUAUUGGCAAGCUGCUCCCUGGACACAAAAUGUCCUGCAAGGACACAAAAGUCAAACCCGAGGUCUGCUGCUGUAUGACUAGAUGUGACAUUUAUUUGUCUAUUAAAAUCUAAUUUCACUUACA